ACAUGCAGGCGUAUACCCUCCAGGAUUCCGAGCGUACAAAGUAUAGCCUUCAGGGUGUUGUGUAGCAUUCCGGUCGCAGUAUGGAGGGCGGGCAUUACUAUGCGCUCACCAAGGAUCGGAAUGGUAACUGGUUCGAUUGCAACGACGCGUGCAUCACGCCUCUAGGUGGAUUUGAGAAUAUGGCGAAGAAGUCUCGGACUCAUGGACUUACUUGCUUUUCUAUCGCAGAGAAGUUAGGGAUGCAGCUCCUCUACACACGGUCGAGCCACAUGUAAAGCAAACGGCUGGUUCGUUUUCGAACAUCAUG